GUGGCCUCGCGCUGGCGCGCGCGGGAGAUUCGGCGCGGGCGAUGCGGGCGGCGCUCCGCGGGCGCUCGGGGAACGCGGUGGCCCCGGGCGGGCAGCCCCGCUCCGCCGCCCCCAUGGAGCCGCCCUGGGGCCGCACCCGCGCCGCGCUGGCCCGGCUGGAGACGGCGCUGAGCUGCUCCCGCUGCGCCGGUGUCCUGCGGAAGCCCGUGUCCCUGGGGCAGUGCGAGCACGUCUUCUGCCUAUCUUGCGUGGGUGACUCCGUUGGCAAAGAAUGCCCAGUGUGCCACAUGCCAGCCUGGGUGCAAGAUGCGCAGAUAAACCGGCAGCUCGAUAACAUGAUUCAGCUUUGCAGCAAACUGCGGCAUCUACUGGGUGUGGACACCUCGGAUUCAACGGAAGAUACGUCCACGCCAACUGUCUCAGACUGUGAAAAAAAGAGUAAGAAGGAACAGAUAAAAAUGUGGUUCAGCCCAAGAAGUAAGAAGAUUCGAUGCAUCCUGAACAAGAGUCAGCCUGAGACUAAAAGCAAUGACCUUUGUCAAGACACGUCUUCCGUUUAUGAUUACUUUCCUUCCCCUCCUCAUGAAAAGCCCUCCGAUCCGAUAAAAAAGCCAUCACAGAGACAGAAUAAGAAGAUGAAGAAGAAACGUCUGGCAGACAUUAACAAAGUUUGGAGCUUAGAGAAGCCUGAGCAGAAAGGAGGAGGUGAGGAGAAGACUCCCAAGGAAAAGUGUGUGACCAUCUGCAGUCAACCAGUAGUCUUCUGCACUCCCGAACCAGAGAGCCCUGAAGAGCUGCUUCAGCAGGAAUCCGGAAAGGAAGCUGACUCCAGCAAAAACACAGAACACGUGGGAACGCCACCACAGGCAAAAUCCUCAGAGAAGAAAGAGAACAGUGAGGCUGCAUGCCCUGCUCAAGUCAGCGAGGAGAAAAAUCCUGCUCCGGAGACAUCGCAGUCAGUAGAAAAUGAAAUCACACCUCUAAAACGCGGAAGGGAGCACUCCGGACUUCCAGUUACUCCUCAGUCUAAAAGGCCAAGAAGAAGCGAGAGGAGCACUGUUGGGAAGGGAGGCAGGCAAGCAGAUUGCUUAAAGGAAUCAGCUCAUGGUCACCCCAUCUCCCCAGUGUCUGAACACAAAACACCAAUUCAGAGUUCCUCCUCCGUGUCAAAAGUCACCAACACUGUCAUGAGGACAAGAAGCUCUGCAGUCAUUCAAGCAGUAAACAGCCCUUCGCUUUCAAAACCUCCCUCUACCCCAUCAACUUCCAAGACUUGUAAUCAAGUAGGAAUACCACACAGUCCUUCUGUGUUGAAGUCCCCUGGUGGUAACACAAUUGCCAGAAGAAAUUACAAAGGAGAAACUUUGCUCCAUGUUGCUUCCAUCAAGGGCGACUUGGCAGCGGUUGAAGAGCUCCUGAAAAACGGGGCAGAUCCCAAUGUCAAAGAUAACGCUGGGUGGACACCACUGCACGAGGCGUGUAAUCACGGGCACAAAGAAGUGGUGGAGCUGUUGCUGCAACACAAGGCGUUAGUGAACACGACGGGGUAUCAGAACGACUCUCCGCUUCAUGACGCUGCCAAGAACGGGCACGUGAGCAUUGUUGAGCUGCUGCUUUUGCACGGUGCCUCCCGCGAUGCGGUUAAUAUAUUUGGUCUGCGGCCUGUGGACUAUGCAGAAAGUGAAAAGAUGAAGUCUGUGCUAAUGUUACCAGUGAAGAAUGAAUCAUUAUCACUUAACCAACCCUCUGAGGUGCUGAGCCAGCCAAGAGACGGACCUCUUGGUGUACUGGGGAGCAACCUUAGUUCCCAGCAGCAGAAACUGCUGAACAAUCUCGCCACGGUUCUGAAGGCUCAACGGUGCACUGAAUUUAACAGCAAAGUAACUCAUCUUGUUAUCCCUGAUGCUCCGAUGCCAAGAACCGUCAAAUGUAUGAUGGCCGUUCUAACUGGAUGUUGGGUCCUCAAGUUUGAAUGGGUACAAGCCUGUCUACGGACCUCUGUACGUGAACAAGAGGAGAAGUAUGAAAUCCAAGGUGGCCCGCGACGAGGCCGGCUCAACAGAGAACAGCUGCUGCCCAACUUAUUUGACGGAUGCUACUUCUACUUUUUGGGAUCUUUCAAGCAUCACCAGAAGGCUGAUCUCGUGGACUUGGUCAAAGCAGCAGGAGGACAGAUUCUGCUUAGGCAACCAAAACCAGACAGCGAUGUGACGCAGACCAUCAACACGGUGGCUUACCACGCCGAAUCUGCUUCCGACCAGAGGUUUUGCACUCAGUAUGUAAUCUACGACACGUCUUCUAAAUUCAAACCGGAGAAGGUUCGUCAAGGCAAAGUUUGGAUGGCUCCCUCCAGCUGGCUGAUAGACUGUGUGAUGUCGUUUCAGCUCCUGCCGGUAAAGUGAAUGUCAGUGUCUCGUGAGCGAGGUUUUGUGCUGAAUUUUGAGCAGCUGGAGCACUCUGGUAAACACUGGCCUGAAACGUGAUUUAUGUUUUGCGCUCAGGAAUACAGAAGAGCUUUGACCAUUUUAAGUGAGUUACUAAGAUCACUGAUACGCUGGGAUAAAUGAACUUAGAAUGGAGGAGGGAGAUAAAUGUACUGCAUUGAAAAAAGUGCCUCGGGUGGUUUCGUGUCCUUUAUUUUUGCAUUCAGCUUAAGCGUAAUAAUCACUGACAUUUUGUAACCAAGAUUUUGCAAAAUGAAACCUUGUGCAUUCUUGAUUUAAACCAGCUCUUCUUAAGUGGUAGAGCUUCAUUCUGUUUCUUUUCUGUUUAAUAUCUAUUAACAAGGAUCUACUGUGUGUGUCAAGAUGUCCCAGGCAGGCCAGAAUUUGUACUUUUUAAGAAAAGGACUCUUUGCACAGAGGCAUUUGCCUGCGCAGACCUCUCGUGUGGUGUUUCUUGUGACUUCUUACAACUGGGUUUUGCAGGAAAUUCUUGGCAUGGGGUAAGCUUGGCGAAAAAUUGAGGUAGAGCUAAUGGCCUGGAUUAAUUUGAAAGGAGACAACGCUGUCUUUAAAAAAUCAUGGUCUAAAAUCCGUUAUUUGUAGCAAAGUAAUACUUUGUUCACUUCUGUCCUCUUUCGUACUUGCAAUUGUGUAACUCAAAUUUGAUUCUAUUUUUCUGAAGGUUUCUAAGCAUCAGGAUGCUUAUUAACUUAUUAAAAUCAAAAAUAUACGUACGGAUGGUUGCUAUCAUGGUUACUUAAGUGAAAAAAAAUUAAUGAUUGCGAAAGAAUUAAUGCCUCACUUUGCCCUAUUUUACUUCAGCAUUGGAGCAAUAUUUGAUUCCUUCAUAUUUGUUACAAUAAAUUAGUAAUUCAGUUUUUGUAAUUGAUCAUAAGUUAUUGUCAGGCUCCUACUUCUUCACUCUUGUGUGAUGUCUGGCAUCGUUUGUAUUGCCUUGGCUUGUGAAUUCAUAAUCUUAAAAUGGUGUCUUGUAAUAAGAUACGAGAAUGGUGGCUGCGGGAUAAAACAAAGCUGCUUGUGUUUGCCUUGGUAUCGCUUGUAAUAAUAAAACUUCUGGUGCCUGUGAGAUUGGAGUGUCUUAUUGCAUGAGCUUAGCUGCAGCAUAAGUACAUUGUCCAUGUGUAUCUCCACAGGUAAAUGGAAAUGUAAACGCUUUGCUGCGGACUCGAUAGCGCUGGGAAGAUUGAAUAUCCACCUGCAAAGAGAGCUCUUCAAUGUAAGAGACAGCUGCUUUUGGUAACCGUUGCCAUUGGAGAGCCUGUGGCAGUUUUCAAUACGCUCUGUAGAACUCUUAGAACUUUACCCGUCGAGUACAACAGGUACAGUUUUCAGUAGCAUCCUCUAGCCUUCAGUCACUGGAGUAUCUUCAUCUAUCACUUCGGCUCAACUGAAUCAUUGCUCUUCACUAAAUGCAGUUCUUGCACGUUUGCGCAAGCGAGCAAAAAUGCAAGGCUCAUUAAUAAACGGAACAACCCGUGGGAUGAACGUGGCUUGGGUUUUUGUGCAGAUAAACAGGCACCGAGUCGAUACUACGUGGACUCGCUCAUUUAUUUUAACAAUUGGAGCACAUUUUAGCUUGGCAUUUCAUAGCACAUCAAUAUACCUAAUGCAAUAUGCUUCGCAACAGUAGCAGUGCAUCUCAGCAAAGGUCUUCAGGAUGAAGCUUUCCUGCUGUGUACCAAGAAGAAAUUUGGCCCAUCGGUAAUCCUGUCCUGUGACUGAAAGCAGAGGCAGCAGAUUUACAAGGUUUUAAGAGGCAUUGUUCCUUGGCAGCUGAAAAGAAACUGCUAGAAAACUGCCAUUGAUUCAUUUAUUUUAAGCCAGACUCUGAACUUUUCCUAAGGUCUUAUUCCUCGCUUAUCCUUCUCAGUGAAGUGCACUUGCUAUAAACUCUGGCCCGUUUCCUUCAGGUCUCCUCGGGAAUUUGGAGUUUGAGUGUGAUCAACUUAUGUAGACUUAAAUAGAACUGCUGGGAGUAGACUUUGGCGCCAGAAUAGCAGCAGGUGUCGAACGCAACUGGAGCAGUAGGUAAGCCCACCAAAGCCAGAGGUCAGUGACACAGACCCUGCUCAAUCCACCUUUGCUAAUCACUAAAAGCGGAGGGACAGCACUUGAUAAAUCAGGUCUAAAAAACAUCUUGUCCUAAGGAUAAAUCAAGUCCCUUAAUCCCUUGGAUGGAUUUUGGCUCGUGAAAGCAAGGAUAUAAAAUCAGGUGUCAUAUGGUAGGGAUCGUUUCUCAUCGUCUCUUCCAGUCUGAAGUGCGUUAAAGGGAGCUGGGAGGAGGCA